AUGUCCUCUGUAUCGGUUGAUGGCUUUACCAUUAACGAUUCUAUCACAUUUUCCUCCGAACGCCCGGCCCUCCUCUUACUUACUUCGGGCACCACCGGCGCUCCGAAGGGCGUCGUCCACACCCGUCGAUUCUUCUACUACGGCCAAGGGUUUGCAGAACCAUGCUUGCCAACCGAUGUAUUCCCGCUCAUUAGGCCCGUCUCCUGGGUUAGCUCCAUGCGCAGAAUAACCGAAAUGCUUCAAUGCGGUGGUACGAUCGUCAUCAUGGACCAGACCAUAUCAACGCGACCCGAGGCAGUGUGGGCUCUGGUUCGAAAAGGAGGGUUUACUGUCGUUUCGUUGACUUCCCUCGAUUGGCGUCAAUUGAUGGUGUACUAUGAACGGACCCUCAGCUCCUUGCCUGUUCAUACAAGAAUAGAGUACGUUAGAGGACUGAAGUCGCUCCGUGUGCUACAAUGUGUUGGCUGGAUGCCUCCUCCCCUCGUGAAAGCGUUUUGGGAAAGGUUAUUGGAUGGAAGGGCACUUGAGGUUGCUUACGCCAGUACUGAGGCCGGGACAGUAAUUGCCUCGACCACCUCUGCUAUGAUAGAUCAUGAGAUUGUGAAUUCCUUACCGCCUUCGACGGAGAUGUUGCUAAUGAGGCAGGCGUGUAUCGGGAGACCUCUACCUGGGAUGAAGAUGAAGCUGUCGAAUGGAACGAAGGGCGAGAUCCUCGUUAAGACCCCGACGAUGUAUUUGAAUGAUGAUGGUUCGACCCAGGCUGUCUUCGAGGAGGGUUACUUCCGAUCAGGUGACAUGGCACAUUUACGCGGUGACGGGUGCUAUUUGAUUGGAGGCCGGGCAAAGACUGACUUUGCAAGAUUUGUCGGUUUGCAUAUCCCUCUGAUUGAGGUCGAAUCGGCCGUGGCGCAACUGCCAUAUGUGGACGAAGCGUAUAUUCUUGCCGUUCCCGACUGUGACACUCAGACGCGAGUCGGGGCACUCCUUAGGGUGAAGUCUGGGUGGAAAGAUCUGACAUUGGAGACUCUGCGAAAAGAUCUUUCUACUGGGCUUUCCACGUACAAACUUCCUACACUACUCUACCUUCUUCAAGGCGAUGAGCAAGUGCCCAGAACCUUGUCCGGGAAAUUGUCUAUCAAGGAGACUUUGCGUAUGUUUUUCGCGUGUUCCGGGGAUCACUGGACGGUAAAACUGCCUGAACGAGUUGAGAAAUGGGACCUGUCGGUCUUGAAGAAAGAGCGAAAGAGGGCUUGGGACUGGAGUGGCUUGCAAGUUAUGGCAGUUUGGAGGGCUUGGCAGGGAUGA